AUGUUCAUAUCUUUAAUAUAUCUUUCGCUUUCCCAGCGCAUUUCCCAUGGUCGUGGUACUAUUAAUUUUGAAAAUAGUAAAACCAUUGAAGUUGACAUCGAACUAAAAACACAACAUGAUGGUCAAAAUUAUUUGGUUGUGUUAAACUCUAAUGAGUUUGUUGACUUACCAACAGUUCAAAUUGUAUUUGGUGGCAGAAUUACAAUUACUAAAUCUGAUGAAUCUGUUACCACACUCUUUUAUUAUUUAGGUGAAUUCCAAAAAACUUAUGAAAUUCCAGAAUUCAUUAUUGGGUUCAAUCCAGCACCAUUUAUCCCAGUAGAUGUUGGAGCUGCUGAAUCGAUUACACACAAGAUUGUUCUUUUACCCACAAUUGCUGGCAUGACAUAUUACUUUGAAGUUCCCGAGACUCCUGAUAUUCGUUACAAAAUGUCUGGAGGACAGACAGAAAAAAAUAUUGUAAAUAAUAUACCAAUUCAUGUAGAUUCAGGUGAUUAUGCUACAAUAAGUAUACAUGCAACCGGUAAACCAAUAGAUUUUAAAAUUUACAAGAUGAUAUUGAAUGAGACAGCUGUUAAAUCAAUGGUCUUCCAAUAUGGUGGAUUCGUCACUGAAACCCAUGCAAAAUUCUUCAGUAAUACAAAUUUCGAAUCAAUUAAGCCAGAAUUCCCAACAAAGCUUCGAUGGGGUAUAAACGAUCUCUACUUCAAAUCUUCAACAAGUUACGAUUUGACACUUCCAAAUGAAUCUGUCUUGGUUUUGGCUAAGACAAAUGGUAUGACAGGAUUUUCAGGAUCUUAUUCCAGUGAUACAUCAUAUGCUGAUUUUACCGAUGACACACUCGCUAUUGUUGCAAAUUCUGAAACCAAAUUCAAAAUUAAAUCAACAACUUAUCCGACACUCAGAGUAAUUCUUUUCAACAUCAAAGAUAUUGAUUACCAUCAGAACAGCUCUUUUGUUUUACAAUCUAAUGAUUAUCAUAUAAUGAAUAGCAUUGAUGAAAAGUAUCAUGCUGUUUUCAUCGUAAAUCCUGCAGGGGCUAAAGCUGGAGUAAUGAAUCAUGAUGGAUAUGAAAUUACAACAUACACAUCAGAUGGAGCCAAAGUUACAAUAAACGCGGAUGAUGAUCCAUUCAUUAUAUGCCUUAAAGAAAUGAGCUCAGAAGAGAAAAAGAAGCUCCAAAUAGAUUUCGUUCCAUCUGUUUAUAAUUCAGCCUACGUUGGUAGUUUCAAGACCACGGAUAAAAAAUAUGUAUUUGAAUCCGGCCUUUACACUAAGGAAAAUCCAGAUAAAAAAGGUGGCCUAAGCCCAGGUGCCACAGCUGCAAUAGUGGUUGUUGUUCUUCUUAUCGUAAUCGCUGUGGUCGCUGUUCUCGUUUGGUUCUUCGUUUUUAGGAAGAAGAAAGAUCAAAAUUCUGGAAGCGGCGAGAACGCUUAA